ACAAUCCUAGGAACAUGUUCUCUAUUGGGUUUUAAGGAAAGAGCUGAAGACAGUGGCUGAAGGAAGAUUCAAAGAACGAUUACUGUUAUUACAUUUGUGGAAGUCACUCCAAAGGAGAACAGUGGCGAUAGAACUGUGUUUCUUCAUCACAAGUGUUCUAAGAUGUCAGCGGAAUUCUACGAACUUGACAGGAAUAUAAUUGGUAAAAACAUUGAUUGCCCAGUUUAUGCCAAUGUAGGAGACAACAAGCCCAAACCAGGUAGGGUUGUCAGUCAACAUUCAGCAUCAGUGUCUCGUCAGUGGUGGAAAAGACCUUCUGGAGUUGCUGCAGUGUGUCUGGGACUGCUGUGUCUUCUGCUACUGGCUGGGAUCAUAGGACUGUUUGUCUACUACAGAGUCUGUAAAUACUUCACAGAACGAGACAAACUACAGACUAGCUAUAACAACGUGACUGAAGAGAGAGACCAGCUACAGACUAGAUACAAAACCCUGACUGAAGAGAGAGACAAUCUCCAGAGCGAGAGAGACAAACUACAGAGUGAGAGAGAGAGCUUUUUACUUGUGAAAGUGUUUGGCAACAGCAACUAUUACGUCUCCAUGGAACAAAAGAACUGGGAAUAUGCAAAACUGGACUGUCUGAAGCGAGGGGCACAGCUAGUCAUCAUAAACAACCAAGAGGAACAGGAAUUCCUAAUUUCAUUAAAAAUACGUACUUGGAUCGGUCUGUCUGACAUAGAGACUGAGGGGACCUGGAGAUGGGUGGAUGGCACACCUCUGACUACAGAGUACUGGGGAGGAAAAGAGCCUAAUAAUGCUGGUGAAGGGGAGGACUGUGCCGAGAUUUAUCAGUGCAAUACUGAUCCUGUAAAGAAAUGGAAUGACAUUUCAUGUACCUUUCAACUUAACUGGAUUUGUGAAAAACCCAUUGAUUAACAAUACCUUGUUAUCUACAAUACAAUCACAAUGCAUUAAGUCUGUUACACAAACAAUGUUUCCCACUGUGCCCAUUGAUUUUAAACAUACCAAAACUGACAAUAAUAUCUUAACAUGCAAAUCUUUGGAUUCACCCUUUCAUCAUACAGUUGUUUUGAAAUCCUUGCAUACCCUUGGAGAAUUGGUAAUAUCUACCAUUUGUAAAGAAAACAUGAGUGAGCAGGUAAAACACUUUUAUUUCUUAUGGGAUACAUAUUCAACUGUAGGUCAUAACAGAAUGGCACAAUCAUAAAAGAAAACAUGGCCUACAAAGAGAAAAUUCAACUGGCCACUGUUCAAAAGUCUGCAUACCCUUAGUUCUUAAUACUGUCUAUUGCCCCCUAUAGCAUCAAUG